GAAGUAGCUCAUUUUUUUUUAUUCACGAAUGUUAUUUUAUUCACAAAUCCCUCGCAAGAAAUUCCUAGCUGCGUUAUAUUGACAGAUCGUUACGUUCACUUUAUUUCUAAUUCUGGACUUUUAUCCUCUCAUUUUAAAACUUUUUACUCAGUAAAUGAAAAACGCUGCAUUUUUUUGGACGGCCGUUCGAAGGAAAAAUUAGAAGCAAGUCAACUUGCCGAAUUAGAGGUUUACUUAAAAAUUGAUUUGCAACAAUUGGGUGAAGUAAAUUUGGGUAUGUUUGGAGAAUUUUUUCGCCUUUUGGUUCAGAAUGAUCGAAAUUCUAUAGCUUGUUGCAUAACUCGAGACAAUCUAUCGACACAAAUGUUUCUUAACAAGCUUCUAGAGUGCUUGUCAAAAAUACGCCCUGCUUUACCCGUUGAAGUACAGAGUCCGUAUGAAAUGUACAAGAUAUCUAAAAAACACCGACUGAAUCCGAAUAAUUACUCGAUUUUUCGGCAUUCUAUGACAGGAUCAUAUGACGAUGUUGUUGUUUAUUACGACGUUAGUUUUAUAUAUCCGUCUGAUGAAACUCUAACUGACAUCGCAUCCACCAUGGAUAACAAACUAUCAUCUGUUCCGCUCGAUUGGAAAAUAUAUUUCUAUCUAGCUUGCCAUUUAAUUUCGGUUGAAAACAUUACAAAUAAUUCUGCUCAUUUAACUUUACAUCCAGUUAACUUGUUGAUCACUGAAAACUCUGUCGCCAUUCUUGAAGAAGACUACGUUAGUUACCCGUCACCGAGGAUCCAUAAAUUUCCACCUGACAAGCCUCAGUUC